GUCAGUCAGGGGCAGGGCGAGGCCGGGCGGCGGGGAUGGCGGCCCCCACCCGGCGCUCCGGCUGCAGUUGUGAGGAGCGGUGGCAGCAUGAGGACGGGCGCUGGGGAGGCGGUGGGCGUCCUGUGCCUGGUCUCUCUGGUGGCCGCGCUGGACUACAAGUACCACCACAGCGAGGAGCUGGAGGCGUACCUGAAGGAGGUGCACGCCGCCCACCCGGCCAUCACCCACCUGCACAGCAUCGGCCGCUCGGUGGAAGGUAGAGACCUGUGGGUUCUUGUUCUGGGAAGGUUUCCAACCCAACAUAAGAUUGGCAUUCCAGAAUUCAAGUAUGUUGCUAAUAUGCAUGGGGAUGAGACUGUUGGGAGAGAAAUCCUGCUCCAUCUGAUAGACCACCUGGUGACCAGCUAUGGACGUGACCCAACUAUUACCCGGCUACUCAAUAAUACCCGGAUUCACAUAAUGCCAACGAUGAACCCCGAUGGGUUUGAAGCUACAGUGGUGCCCGAUUGUUAUUACUCAAGAGGAAGGUACAAUAAGAACGGAGAAGAUCUCAACAGAAAUUUUCCUGACGCCUUUGAAAAUAACAACAACGUCAUUCAGCCAGAGACUCAAGCAGUGAUCAACUGGAUAAAAAAUGAGACGUUCGUUCUUUCAGCAAACCUGCACGGGGGUGCCCUGGUUGCCAGUUACACAUUCGAUAACGGUAACUCAGUUACUGGCACAUCAAAUGGUUACAGCAGGUCUCCAGAUGAUGACGUUUUUAUUCACCUGGCAAAAACCUACUCUUUCAACCAUGCCAGCAUGUACAAAGGGAUCGGGUGUGACAGCAGACCGACCUUCCCAGAUGGCAUUACCAAUGGGUACUCCUGGUACCAGCUGGAAGGUGGAAUGCAAGAUUACAACUAUGUCUGGGGACAGUGUUUUGAAAUCACAUUGGAGCUGUCGUGCUGUAAAUAUCCUCCAGCAGAGCAGCUGGAGAAGUUCUGGAGAGACAAUAGAGUUGCUCUGGUUGAAUAUAUAAAGCAAGUACACCUAGGAGUCAAAGGUCAGGUUACUGAUAAAAAUGGGAAUCCUAUUCCCAACGCAAUCGUGGAAGCCAAAGGGAGGCCUCACAUCUGCCCCUACAGAACAAAUGAGCACGGCGAGUACUUCCUUCUCCUUUUGCCUGGGAAAUACGUGAUCAAUGCUACGGUACCAGGAUUCAAAUCGAUGCUGAAGACAGUGGACAUCCCUGACAACACCGCUAACUUCAGCGCUCUGAAACAAGACUUCUCCUUCCCAGAUGUGUCUGUCAAACCAAGCCCUGCUUCGUGCCCCAGAACCCCCCUGUACCAGGAGCUCGAACGCACGUCAGCUGCAGUAAAACCAACUCUACACAUCUUGGUUUUAGUAAUGGUUACGAUUUCCAUUUUCAAAUGAAGUCAGGAGUUACGUGACGUGGCAAAACCCUCCGGCUUCUGAAACGAAGAUUGUAUGUAAGAGAAUGUUUUUGUAAAGCUGAGAAUUGGGUUUUUAAUCAUGUUUAUUGCAUUUUUGUAAAAUAUUGCCUUGACAAUCGGAUGUUAUACUUUAAUUAGACUGUCACUUUUCUACGACGAUAUUUUACUUCAAAGAAAUACUGUACAGUCGGAUGCAGUGUUACAGACACACUUCGUUAAAGAACUUGCCAGAGGUUCAAAAACAGUUUGAAAUUGUGCUGCAAGUGUGUCCCAGUGGUGCUCUGUUGGACCAGCAGUUUGUGUGCCCACACACAUGCAAGCAAUUAGUUCCAUCCGAAUUUCUCAUAAUAAAGCCACUGCUAAAAAUGAAGAAUGACACUUCUAACUCUGCUCUUUCCUGUCUAGACAAACGAGACCGAUCAGGACUGAAAUAACAUCAGUAAUGCCCGUUCUAAGAAAGGAUGCAGGGAGGAAGUAGCAGGAGGUAUGUGCCAAGGGGCUGUGUGCUGGAGCCUUGGUGCCAGCCUGUGCCACUGUAGAGUGCUCACAAGUUAAAGGCCAGUACCAGUGCACAGCCUGGGUUCUGAUUUUGUUCCUUAUGCCGUAAAUGACAUCUCCUUAAGGCAUGUGAUGCAGGACACUCUGUACUACCCACCCCAGGAACCUGCACUGCUGUUCCACAAUUAAAAAGAUGCAUGAAAAUCAAGCAGCACUUCAAAAACAUCAAAUCACGGCCAUGAAAAAAGCACUGAGGAGGAUAUGAACAUCUUUAUUUAAAGCUUUUAAACAGAUAAAAUGUUUAGUUUCCUCAGCAGAGGAAAACCUGAAACCCAAAUAUAUAGUACAUGUUGGAAAUUCUUCUGUGCACUGUGAGCGGAGAGCUGUAUCUUAUUGAAUGACACCCACUAAGCCACAGGGACAGCACUACAGGAGUGACAAAAUUGCAUAGUUAAAUAAUAUUACACUCAGCUGUCUAGUUAAGUAAGACUCUGCUCUGGGAAACACUAUUUGAUAUUUCAGGUGUUUGUCAUUGGGAUGGUGAGCGCCGUUAAUUUGGCUCAAAAACAAAAACUGCCCCUGGAAAGUAACAGCUAGUGAGAAAAGGAGAAGACAACACUGCUCUAGUGUCAACAACAACUUUUACACAUACAAUAUACGUGACAGACCUCUUCUUCAGUGCACCUGUGGUAAGCAAGUAUACGUUAGUUGGAAGCAACACCGCAAGAUGAGGCCCUCAUAUCUACCCUCAUAAGCCCCCAUGCACCGUGAGUAACAAAGACAGUGAGCAGAGCUGGAGGCAGGCAGGAGCUGUGCCACCCUGUAAGUCACAAGUGCACGUGCCCAAAGCUCUUUUCCACUGGCACUUAAUGCAGCAGCAACAACCCUUUGUUUAGUCUGUGCUGCACAGCAGAGGAUCUCCUCUGCCUGGGAUAAACACAACAGUACCUCAGGUUAAGUUGAGAAGGAAUAUUUCAACCAAAUACCGAUUCAUUUAUUCACCUUAUUUUGUUGUUUCAUAAUGCUUCUAAUGAUUUCCUGCUGUGGCCCCAGCAGCAGCUGUACCCAACCACUGCCCACCUGAAGCACACAGGCAGUUACCACAACUGCAGCCUUCUCAGUCCUGCCUGUUCCCCCAGCUCCUUUGGUCACCUUCAUGUUCAGUGUGACGCCUCCCUCUGAUCAGUUCUUCCUUCCACACACUGCCCUCUGAUGUCAGCAGCACCACAGAGCACUGUGUGGCUGCAGUGGGAGACGCAAAAGCAUUUCAACGCAAACCACCACCCAAGCAGUUCCCCUGUGCUCACAUGGCAUUGGCUUCUGACUCUUUUCAACGAGCAUUUUGCAGCUUCAACAUCAAGACAGUGUUAAGGGAAGGAAAAGUGAGAACAAAGGCAUACAUUGUCCAUCUCUCCACCUGAAUAUGGCCUGUAUCUCUGCCUGCAUGCUACGAUUUCUUAAAUAUCCCUCCUAUAGGAUGACUUAUAGUGACUUACUAAGCACACGUGUGUGUCUGUACAGGUACCAACAAACCAAUCCAAUAAAUUAAAGCUCACACCACUAACUAUAAGCACAAGAAAAUUUACAAACUG